CUGGCCUCCCAGGCCCCCUCCCCGGCUCCGGCCCCAGACCUGGACCCGGACCCGGACCCCGACCACCACACCGACGAGGAGCAGUAUGUGGGCGAGGGCGAGUUCGGCCAGCCGGACGCGCACCCGGCGCCGCCUGACUACAGGGACGCCGAGACCAUCACGGAUGUGUGCAACAGCACCGACCUGCCGGAGUUUGAGAUCAUCAGCCUCCUCGAGGAGCAGCUGCCGGUGUACCGGCUGCGCGCCGACACCGUCUACGGCUACGAGCGCGAUGACUGGCUGCACACGCCCCUCGUGGCGCCGGACGCCAGGCUGGAACUGACCGCGGAGCAGAUCGAAGAGACGCUCAAAUACUUCCUGCUGUGUGCCGACCGAGUCGGCCAGAUGACCAAGACCUACAGCGACAUCGAUGCCGUCACACAUCUGUUGGAGGAGAAAGAGAGAGAUCUGGAGCUGGCUGCCAGGAUCGGCCAGUCGCUUCUCAAGAAGAACCGGCGCCUGACGGAGCAGAACGACUACCUGGAGGAGCGGGUGGCACAGAUCACCGAGGAGGUGGCCCAGCUGCACCACGAGCUGAACCUGAAGGACGAGCUGCUGCAGUUCUACACCAACGCGGCGGAGGAGAGCGAGGACGAGUCCAGCGGCUCCCCGACGGGGACGAGGAGCAAGGAAAAUGCUUUCGGAGGCACACUGCAGAAGAAACUCAGAGAGCUGGAAGAGGAGAAUCUCUCACUCCGCUCAGAGGCACACCAUCUGAAGUCAGAGACGGAAAUCUACGAAGAGAAGGAGCAGCAGCUGGUCAGCGAAUGUGUGAAAGAGCUCCAGAUGUCCAGUCUCCAGAUCUCCACCAUCGCGGAGGAGUUGGCUCGUAAGACCGGCGAUGCCUCCUGCCAGCAGGAGGAGAUCACACACCUCCUCUCGCAGUUAGUGGACCUGCAGAAGAAAGCCAAAUCCUACGCGGUGGAGAACGAGGAGCUGUCCCAACACCUGGUGGCAGCUAAGGAGGCCCAGAGGCAGCUGACAGCAGAGCUGCAGCAGCUGGACCAGACGUACCUGGAGUGCAUUGAGAUGCUGCACGAGGCCCACGAGGAGCUGAAGGACCUGAGGAACCGGAGCUUCCCAGCAGGGACGCCGCGGCGCUUCCACCCCCUGGGACAGUACCCCAUGGAUUCUCUGGCAGCUGAGAUCGAGGGAACGAUGAGGAAGGAGUUGAGUCUGGACGACCCCGAGUGCGAGGAGCAGAAGUUCCACCGGAGGCGCGUGUUCGAGACGGUGAAGAACAUCAACCAGACGGUCCGCCAGCGCUCGCUGACCCCGACCGGCGCCAACAUCCCGGGCUCCAACCAGUCUCUGUCGGCGCGGACGUCGCCCCAGUCCAGCGGCCUCUGCACGCCUCACUCCGGCGUCGCCCUUGACAACCGAACGCAGAGCAUCCUGAUGGAGACGGCGGCCAAUCAGGAGAGCGGCACGGAGGGCCGCGAGAAGAAGGCGAGCGGCGUGGAGGACCUGCGGCUCGCCCUGCGCCGCCUGUCCCUGCGCCGACAAAACAACCUGAGCGAGAGGCGCUUCUUCGAGGAGGACAGAGAGCGGCGCCGGGGGGCGGGACACGGGGGUCUCCAGGAGAGCGCCGCGACCCCGUCGGAGAGCAUCAUGUCCCUCGGGAACCUCCACCUGUGGGCCUCGCGAGGGCCCUACCUCCCCGACAAGCUCCAGAUCGUCAAGCCGCUCGAAGGCUCUGCCACGCUGCAUCACUGGCAGCAGUUAGCCCAGCCGCACCUCGGCGUGAUCCUGGACGCCAGGCCGGGAGUCGUGCCGAAGGGCUACAGACCCCUCGAACUAGAGCUGGAGCAGGCAUAUCCAUGGGGUAGCUUUGAGGAGGAGGAACCGGGGGAGCAAUACUUCCAGAAUCUUCCCACCUGCUCCUCCUCUGCCUCUGCCUCGCCAGCCGUGGCCUCCACCUCCACCUGCACCUCCACCUCCACCUUCACCUUCACCUGCACUUCCACCUCCAGCACGGGUAACGCAGAAAACCUCGGGCCACCUCCGCCCAGCCUCGCUUUACCUUCUCCACUCUCCCCAUCGCCACAUCUCAUCAACACGGACAUCCUGGCUGCAUACGACCCAGGUAAAUGCAUGGCCCACACCAGCUCCACCUACACCUUCACGACGUGUCGGAUCCUCCACCCGACCGACGAGCUGACGCGGGUCACGCCGAGCAACUCCGUCCCGACGUCGUCCUCCUGCGUGAUGACCAGCGCCUUGUUUGGAACUCCGGCCGCGACGCCCUCCGCGGCCCGGAGGCUCGGCCUCAGGCCGUCCGAGUCCUCGACUAACCUCAGAGAUGCAACGCGCACCACCAGCACCUCCCUGGGGUUAGUGCGCCUCCUCCAGGAGAGAGGGAUCUCCGCAGCGAUGUACCACCACAGCCAGGGCUUGGAGUACGGUCCGGGCAACGGAGGAGUCCUAUUCAGCACCUCCGUCACCCCCAACCGAGCGCCCGACCCCCUGCACCCCUCCACCCCGCCCGGCUCGCCCACGGGACGCCGAGCUUCGUCCACGCCGACGUCCGCGGGCUUCGACUUCAAGAGCCCGUCCUACGACAACUUCCUCACGUCCAAUCCGGCGCGCUCCAUUCUGAAGGAGGUGAGGAGGAGGGGCCGGCAGCGGGGGAAGGACUGCGAGAGCCAGACGGACGUCAGCGUGACCGUCCACAACCUCAACCUGCUGGACAAGGUGAAGCGGCUGGGGGUGGCCGGAGGUCCCGGGGGCCGAGCGAUGAGCCCCGGCCCCACCGUGGGGCCGCUCGGCGGGCUGCGCAGGUCCGGCUCCCCUUUUGGGCCCGAUGGAAUGAGGAGGAACCGGAGUUAUCCAGCCAUGGUUGGGGCCAGCAUGGCCAUGAAAGCCCCGGGGCCCCAGGAGUAGUCAGAGCCGCCGCCGGUCAUUAGAGGGGCCGAGCAGGAGCCGGGCGGCGGGGGUCAGGGGCCGACUGUUGAUCAGUCACCCGGAGCCCAAACACGGACUCACACUGUUCAGACUGUACGAUUACUAUCAAUCAUCAAUAAUCCAUUUCAUUUAUGUGGCGCUUUUUAAGGUACUCACAGUCACUUUACAUUUAUACACCGUAGACACGGCUACGGGGAGCAAUUCAGGGUUUAGUGUCUUGCUCAAGGGCACAUCGACCAGGGCGGGGAUUGAACCGCCGACCGCUGAGCCCCAGUCGCCCCAGUCUCACCGCUGUGGUUCCUCACAGACACUCGUCCACGCUUUCGUGCUUCUAGGGGCCAAAUUCGUCGAGACAGAGGGGGAAACAAUCGGCGCCGCACAUUAAAUAAAAUCAGAGCACGACGGACGUUAAAAACUGCUUUUCUGUGGUUGUUUGUUUAGCUCGCUAUCUUGCGAAUUCCACGUGAGCUAAAUGCUACACUGGCCGACAGCAAUGUGGUGAAGCACAGUCUGUUGCUUUCUGAUUUAUUCAAUCUCCAUUAUUAGACAAGUUGCAUAUUGUCUCAAUGUCUUUGUCUUGUCUUUAAUAACUGACAUUUCGACAAAAUGCUUCCUAAAAAUGGCAACGAGGCUCCUUCAGACAUUAGAAAGAUAAUGGAGAGCAAUGGAUUGUUUUCCCCUCCGCUGUGGUCUCAAAAUAUCUUAACACCCAUUAGUUUAAUGAUAUAUGCAGACAUGCAGAUAGAUUUGGUUUGAUGUGCUCAUAUUAUGAAGCAACUAAAAUGCCUCAGAGAUGCUUUAUUUGGACACGCAUCUACAAAUCUGGGAAUACAAAACCAAUGAUGUAUCAUUUUAGGUAAUUGGGUGAACUAACCCUUUAAAAGCGUAAUAUAAAUGAUAUAUAUGUAUAUAUAUUGAGAUAUCACCCGGUGCUGUGUACUCACAUCUUGCUUUGGAGACUGACUCUGCUGGAUAGAUGCAGUUCUCUGAAAAACAUCCACACAAUCACAUCGCUGAAAUCUGCAAUCGCACUAUUUGACUCUUUGUCGUCUCCGUAGCACGAAACUAUGCCCUUC